AUGGCCGUGGGAAGCACGGUCUACGAGCUGAGCGGCGAUGGGGCCUUGGGCAGCAGGAGUCUCGAGGCGGUGGAGAUGUCGUCUAGCGAUGACUGUUCCAUCACGGGCGUGCCUUCCACCGCCGAGUGCUACACCGGCGACACCGCCAUGACCCUCGAUGGCGAUGUGUCCAUGACCCUCACCAUCUGCCUGUGCUACUACAUGGACGGGUCGAAAACUAUAUUCAGGUCCCAGGUGUUCGCGGAGGUGGUGGGGGCCAGCACGGUGUCCGUCCCGGACGACGAGAUAGAGAUCUGCCUCGAGGCCGGGUUCAUAAUGCAGCUGACCACUGCUACUGUGGAGGACGAGGAUUACUACUACAACUUCGACCUCGUGGUCCCAGGACGGGACAGCUCGUCCGACCUCUCCGUAUCCGCGGCGCCGGACGAAGACGCCCAAGCCUUCAUCUUCGCCACCGCUGCGCCCGUCUUGCCGCUGCCGGUGGAGACGCCGGCACCAUCGCCGACCGAGAAGGGUCUCGCGAGUCCAGCGCCGACGAGCGUCGGGGUGGACGGGGGAGACGGGGGUGCCGUGGUGACUACCGUGCCGCCGACGGCGGUGGCUACGUCCACAGGUGAGGGAGAGGGAAACAAUAUGGAAGGGCAGGAGUGCAUGAUCCCAGAAGAGGCCCCCUGCACGAGCACCGCCGCCACCAUCGCCCACACGAACCAGGGGGUGGGCUCCUACUACGACCCCACUUGCGCAGCAGCAGCAGCCACGGCGUCGGAAGAGGGGGAGUUGCCGGAGGGAUGCGACCCAAGCUCGGCGGACUCGUGCCGCUUCUGCCUCUUCAACACCCCUCGGUGGCAAGACAAGAACCCGGGAGAGGACCUGCCCGAUCUAGUGGAUUGCCCGUGCUGCGUGGUGGACGUCUACAAAGAGGACACGGCCAUCAGCGAGGAUGGAGUUAGAUCAGUAGCCGUGGUGCUCCGCGGAAGAAAGAAAAUCAAAGUUAGGUAG